CAAAUAUAUUUCGGAUGCAUAAAAAUGUUUUGCGGAAACGGAAAACUCUGUAGCCACGUGUAUUUUACGUACGCGAAAAGUUAUUCGCGGGCGCGCGCCGAAAAGCCUUUCGCUUAUGCGGACAACCGUUUUCUUAUAUGAAAUAUACUUGGUUAUGCGAAAUACCCAAUGCACACGGAUUUUAGUGUACACGACUACACGAAAUACAUUUAGCCACGGAGUCUUUCACCUACGCGAAAAGUUUUCUGGAAAAUUUUCCGUCGGUUAAUGGUUCGUUCGCGCAAUAAACUUGACGUAUGCGAAAGAAUCUUCACGUAUCCGUUGCUCGCCCUAUAGCCAGACUAGAUUUUUAUUUUAUUAAUUUCAAUUAUUUCAAAUUCGAAUUAUUCCGAAAUAAGUUGGUUUUCAACAUGGCAAUGCUGCAGUACUGAGUGAACAAUAAAUUUGCAGACAACUUCAUGGGGGUCAGAUUAACCUUUAAGUCGUUAUCAACUUGUAAAAUAUUUCAAUGUUACUCACAAGUGCUUGCAACAUUAUUUCAUUGGUGCUAUAGGAAAUCAAAGCAAUAUAACAUCAAUUUUGUGCCAAAAUUAUACAAGGAGUAAUAAAAACAAAUUAAUAAGUUUGCACAAGUAAAUGCAGUACAUUUGAAGCAUUGUAUUGUCAGCAUCAACACUAAAAUAAAUUUAAAUUUGAAAAAAAAUAGACAUAAAAUAAGGAACAAAAGUAACUAUAUACGAAGACAUAUGAAUUAUCUAAAACACCAGAAUUAAUUAAAAUAAAUGAACUGGAUCACUAGAUUUUUGGCACCAGCCUCGCUAGCAAUAAGUGUUUGUUGUCCAAAGGUUCAACUGCAGACAAUAUUUUAUCAUCACUUAAAUAUUUUUAAAGCAUUAUUUGUUUCUUCAAAGUUUUCUAUUGGAAACUGCGUAAAAUAUUCUUAUAUGGAUAAUCCACACUGUGAUUUGACAUCUGAUAUUUCAGAUUCAUGUGCUGAUGGCAUAAAAGAUAUUGAUUUUACAUUACAGAAACUUAGUGUUACAAACACAUUUGACAAAAAUGUAAACAAUUUAGGUGUUAAUUUCCUUAAUAAUGAUCACAACAGUUUAAUAAAAAAAAGACUCAUUGACAAGAAAAAAUACAAAGAUAUUCGAAAAUGGAAAAAAGUUGACAAAGGAAAUGCUGCUGGUACAUCAAAGGACUCAUUCAUCUUCAAAUUAUUAUCAUUUAACAUACUAGCUCAAGAUUUAUUAGAAACACAUUCAUACCUGUACAGAACCCAUGACAAAAAAGCAUUACCUUGGGAACACAGAAAACCUCUAUUAAUGGAAGAAAUAUUGGAAUUAAAUGCCCAUGUAAUUUGUUUACAAGAAGUUCAAUAUCAAUAUUUACAAGAAAUUUUGAUUCCUUUUCAAGAGAAUGGUUUCACACACUUGUACAAAAAGCGAACAAACGAUAAAAAAGACGGGCUUCUGGUUCUGUAUAAAGAAGAUUUAUUUAAUUUGUUAGAGUUUUCCAAAGUUGAACUUUACCAGAAUGGUAUUGAACUACUAAGUAGAGACAAUGUUGGUUUGGUUGCAAAAUUUUCUUUAAAAGAAAGUCCUGAAACAAAAUUUGUUGUUGCAACUACACAUUUACUUUUUAAUCCACGACGCAAUGAUGUGAGAUUAGGUCAAAUACAGUUACUUUUUGCCGAAAUUGAAAGAAUAGCUUUUGUUGAAAAUACCUUAACAGGUCCUAGAUAUCUACCAAUUGUACUAUCAGGAGAUUUUAAUCUUGAACCAUAUAGUGGAGUUUACAAUUUUGUUACUGAGGGUUCCAUAGAAUUUGUAGGAAAAGGUAGAAAUUUAGAGGAAUCUGACUACCGUUGUCUGUCGAACUCUUUGAUACCACCUCAUUUGUAUGUUACGGACGAGUGCCAGCAUCUGAACGUAUUAUCGAAAAGAUUAUCCGGCAUAGGAAGUGGAAAAAUUAUGUUAAGAAAUGCAGAAAAUCAAUAUCAACCUAAAGAAGAUGAUCUGACGAAUGAUCUCUUAGAAAGUACUUCAUUCAACUCUAAAACCAAUAAUUAUCAAAAAAUAGAAAUAUCUGAUGGCCACUAUGUCACAUUUUCAUCAGGCCUUCUAACACAUCCAUUUCGAUUUAAGAGUGUAUAUAAUCAUACGGAUAAAAACGGAAGAAGCGAAGCAACGACAUUUCAAAAUCGUUGGAUAACUGUCGAUUAUAUAUUUUAUAGCCAAUUAACGCCAUUGGAAAAAUAUCGAUUGCCAACAGCGGAAGAAUGUUCAGAGUUUCUUCCGACUAUUCCUAACGCGAUAGUAGGAAGCGACCAUUUUUGUCUUGGAGCAAGUUUUCUAUUGAAAAAAAGAUAAAUUAUCGUUUUAUGUACACUUAACUUUUCACAAACAAUAGAAAAAGAACCAAAUGGAAAUAUUUUAAGUUAUAUAGAUUUAUUAUAGUAGAAAUUCUUUGAUGAAAUACAACAAUUAUGUUAAGAAUAUGAAAAUAGCUAUUAUUAUCUUGUAAAAUCUUAUCUGAAAGUUUCGAUAUCAUGUUUUACGUAAAAUUUUUUAUUCUGUGUUCUCCAUGUCUAAAUAUAAAUCAGUAAGCGCUGAGAUUCAUUAAUCUCGUGCUGUUCUUUUUUUUUAAAGUGUAUAUAUAAUUUCAUUUGUCUUCUUCACCUCUAAACCCACAGUUAUGGUUGUCAUUUUCCCAAGUUUUUCUGCAAUGAAUUUUAAAACAACAAUCUUAAGUUGACAAUGUAUUGUCUUGUUAUACACAUUCUCUUUCAAUUAUUAAAUUUUGUUUCACCGUCCCGUCGUUUAUUUUUGUUGGAAAACAAUUUAAAAUCGAGAAAAUAAAUUGAUGCUCAUUAAAUUCCAAACAAACUCGUAUAUUUGUUAACGAGAAUGAAAAUAUACUGUAUAAUUUCGAUGAUUAAGACAUUAAUGGACGAGCGAAUAAAACGACGAUAUGAUGAACCGUUACAUUCGCCCACGAAAGCGCAUCUAAACAAGACGAAUAUGAAAUCCCGUAAGUUUUGCACGUAAGCUUAUAUUUUGAUAAAAAAUACUCCAAUCUUAGAAUUUAUACAAUGCAUUCGCUGAUAUUAUGAAGGUUUUCAAUGACCUCGAUCGUCAUGUCAGAUUAGUCAAUACACAAUGAUUAAUAUGCCACUGACUCGAUUGAUUUUGCAAAGUUUUACAACGACAAUUGUUUUUUUAUUAAUUUUACAUUAAAAUAUAUUUUCUAUCGUGUAAAAUUUAUUAACAGAUCACAAUAUAAUAAAUUUCUUUUUAAUAUUCACAAUACCAUGCGUUAAGAAUACAUCAGAUUCAAUGCAGUCACCUUAAUUAAAUCUAAUUUGGAAAGGUAUUAUAAAGAACGAGAAUAGUUAAUAUACGUGAAACUGGUGAAUUGCCAUUUAUUUAUCUAGAACAGCCACAUUUUUCAUUGAAAAAAGGGAAACAAACAAUUCAGUGUCAAGAAUACUGAUUUACAAAAGAGAAAAGUAAAGUUAUAAAGGGAAAUUGAUAAUAAUCGUAAAGUC